AUGACUCUGCGCGAAACAGAAAGAAAUACAAAGUACGACCGGCAAAUCCGGCUAUGGGCUGACAACGGCCAGAAAAGAUUGGAGCAAGGUCACGUGUGUCUAAUCAACGCCAACCCGGCAGGCGCAGAGACAUUGAAAAAUCUCGUGCUUCCUGGAAUUGGCGCGUUCACAAUUAUGGACGAUCGGACAGUAUGCGAAACAGAUCUUAGUGGGAACUUUUUUUUAGAGGAGGAGCACGUGGGUUUGGGGAUCGCUGGCGCUAUGACAGAGAGUCUCCAGGAAUUGAACCCCGAUGUGAAAGGCCAGUUCUUGGAGAUUCUGGUGGAUAGAGCUUUAGCAAAACCCGAACUAUGGACUCUGUUCUCAAUUGUGGUGGUAAGUGGGUUUUUGAAACCGGAUCUAGUUCGGCGUUUGGCGGACUUUCUCUGGGACCAGCAGGUCCCGCUUUUACUCGUAUCAACCAGUGGUUUCUAUGCAACUUUGCACAUCAUCUCCAAGGAAACUACUAUAGUGGAAACGCACGACCCCUCCAAGACAUUCGAUCUUCGUAUUGACUGCCCUUGGCCCGAGCUUGCUGCUUUCAGUGCCUCCUUUGAUAUGGAUCUGCUAGACGACACAGAACACGCGCACGUGCCAUACAUUGUCAUAUUUAUCAAAGCGCUAGAGCAGUGGAAGGCCGACCAUGGUGGCCGAGCGCCUCUGAACUACAGCGAGAAGCGGGAGUUCCGCUCAGAAUACGUAGAACGCAUGUCUCGUAACAUCAACAUCGAAACAAACUUCAUCGAAGCGGCCCAGUCUGUACACAGAGCGCUCCAGAUAACUCAGGUUCCAAACUCACUUCGGCAACUCUUCAACCGAGACGAGGUAGUCAAGGACGGGGCGAAUUUUUCGGAUUUCUGGCUUCAUGUGCGAGCACUCAAAAGCUUCAUUGACACCAAUGAAGGGCAGCUUCCGUUGCCCGGCAACAUUCCCGACAUGGCUUCGACAACACACAAUUACGUGCAGCUCCAGAAAAUAUACAGAAACAAGGCAGAUGCCGACAAACAGAAGUUUACUUCGGAGCUCUCCAGAGUGUACACAGAGGCUGGGCGAUCGGCAGACGAAAUCAACCCUGGAUUCGUGGCGAGCUUCUGCAAAAACGCUGCAUUCCUUUUUGUGUCCAACGGAUCAAAGUCGCAAGUUUCCGAGUCACUUAUUCGGCAGCUCUCCAGAAAGGAUGGCGCCGACUCCAGCGCCUCAGAACAUCACGAUUUGACAAUAUACUUCGGUAUUCUCGCGCUUUAUCAAUGGAUGGACGAGGGAAAGACCGGGGGCUUUGAUGCGUUUAUCAACUGUUUUGAAAAGAUCACGUCAAUAUCCAAGGAAGCUCUUGCGCCAGCAGUCAGCAACUUUUUGAAGGAGUUAUUCAUUCACGACACACCCAGCUAUCAUAACAUUUGCAGUCUCAUUGGUGGCAUUGCUGGGCAGGAGGCGUUAAAGAUUGCGACAGAGCAGUAUAUCCCGUUGGACAAUCUCUACAUAUUUGACGGUGUCAGGUCCGCCAGCUCGAAGUGGAGAGUGUGA